AUGAGUCUCAACGACCUCCCCUCUGUCAAUGAAAUCAAACGCGCCGUCGCAGCAGGCCAGCGCAUCACUUCGGCCGAUGUCUCUGCCAUCGCGCAGGCCGAGAGCGAGAUGACGGGCCGAGGUCCGGUGAAGGGUGGUCCGGCAGCCACCGCACACAGUCUCGCCUCCAAGCAGAUGAAUUUCGACGCCAAGGUCGACGAGCUCGCGAGCAAGCCGCAGAGCCAUAUUACGCGGAAGGAUGCGAGGGAUAUCCAGUCUGCUGAGAGUCACUUACCCUCUGGUGGUCUUCAGGGCCGCGCAUUCAACACACCCCCGGGCCCAGCAUCUAUAUCCGCGCAAGUCCGCUCCAUCGCCGACAGAAACGAAAUGCUGGGCCUGCCGGCCGUCCACGACCCGGGCCCCGUGUGGGAUGGUGCCGAGGGGGAGUUUGGCGGCGCAGAUGCAGGGAUGUAUCCUAUAACACCUACUAGCGCGGCCGACAAGGUGGAAAAUGCCAAACGGGGUGUUCGGAGGGGAAGAAAAAAAGAGAGAACGAAAAGAAAAGAGUGCGAGACAGACGAGAGAGAAGAGCAGAGAGAAUGGACUAAAAGAAACAAGAAACCGAAACGAAAAGAAAAAAAAAGAAGUGCUCAGCUGGAUAGAGAGCUGCACAUACUUAGUCCUCCUAUGUGUCUUGCCAAAAAAAAAACCCCAUAA